UGAGACCUUUUCUCUUUGUCUGGUUUCGUGGUGCGGCCAGGGUUCGGUACCAGUCAGCAGCGAUAUCUGCGAGGAAAAGAAAAAGCGAUCUUUUUUUUUUUUCGCAUUUCACCUCUCACUGCCAUCCUCUACCUAAAUCCCUCACUUGGCGUCUCCUUUCCGCCAGACGAAGCUCAUCGAUCUCUGCCCGUGCGAGUCUAGGAUUUAGUGGCAGCGCCGGGAGUAAAGUUUGGUGUUAGGGUUUCAGAAUGGAUGGGAGAGAGCCUCAGCGACUGAGUGCGUCUCAACCUCCUAAUGUGGCGGUGGGUCCUAGUUCCUAUGGAGCUGGAGCUGGCGCGACGACGAACAGUUCGAUUGUGACUCCGGAUUCGGGUGGAAUGUUUCAGGGAAUGCGACUUUCUUUUCUCCCCAUGACUUCAUCGGAGCCAAAACAAGUGGAUGUGACUGGUUCGUUGUAUCAGGGGGGUGAUCUCUCUGCAGUGAGGCAAGGUGGUGUUUUUAACUUGGAUGAGCCAAUGAAGAAGAAGAGAGGAAGACCUAGAAAAUACGGACCUGAUGGUUCCAUGUCGUUGGGUCUAACUCCAUCCUCCGCCUCAGGAUACUCUAAUAGUCCCGGCUCUGAUCCAACAGCUAAGCGCCGUGGCCGCCCUCCAGGCUCAGGAAAGAAACAACAACUAGAUGCAUUGGGCACCCCUGGGAUUGGCUUUACUCCUCAUGUUAUUAGUGUUAAAGUUGGAGAGGAUAUUGCUUCAAAAAUCAUGUCAUUUUCACAGCAAGGACCUCGGAGUGUCUGUAUUCUGUCAGCAAAUGGUGACAUAUCUGAUGUAACACUUCGGCAGCCAGCAAUAUCUGGUGGGACUGUCACUUAUCAGGGACGCUAUGAGAUCAUCUCUCUGUCAGGUUCUUUCCUGCUUACAGAAGAAGGUGGUACUCGUAGUAGAAGUGGUGGGUUGACCGUUGCACUAGCCGGAUCUAAUGGCCGCAUACUUGGUGGUGGGGUUGCUGGAAUGCUUGUGGCUGCAACACCUGUGCAGGUUGUAGUGGGAAGCUUCAUUGCAGGAGGGAAGAAGCCAAAGCCAGAGUCAAUUAGGAAGGAACCUUCGCCACCUCCACCCCAAAUUUUAGGCUUUGGAGCACCUAUAGCAGCAAGUCCCCCAUCUGAAGGUGGUACAUCGAGCGAAUCUCAUGAUGGCCCUGGUAGCCCAACAAAUGAGACCGGCGGCAGCGGCUGCAACAACUCAGCUCAGCAGCAUCUUCAAGCUGUAUAUCCAUCACUCAGCUGGUCCAACUCAGCAAACUAUUUCACUCAUGACUGAAAUGAAACCGUCCGUGUCAAAAUCCUUUCUUCUCUCUAGACUUUAGCAGUAGGAAGUUAAUUUAAGAUUAGCACCUCGAGUAUAUUCACUACUUUGGCACCCGUAAGGAGAGGCUUUCUGGCUAAGACAUUCUGAGCCAUUUAACAGUUAGUUCUAUUGUAGUUAGGUUAAUGGUAAUGGACUUAGGUCUGUUGUUGUUGAGAUGUUUGUGUAGCUAUUAGUGGUUAUCCCCUUGUCUAGAGUUUUAUGGUCGAAUUGGAUUGAAUGGUAAAAUUUGUGAUGCUCAUUUAAACUUAUAUGACAUAUGAUAUCCAAAA